CCGGAGGCGGGCAGCCGGCGGGGACAGUCCGCGGCAGCGGCGGCGGCGGCCAGCGCGACCGUCACUUACGAAACGUGCUGGGGCUACUACGACGUGAGCGGCCAGUACGACAAAGAGUUCGAGUGUAACAACAGCGAGAGCGGCUACCUGUACUGCUGCGGCACCUGCUACUAUCGCUUCUGCUGCAAGAAGCGCCACGAGAAGCUGGACCAACGCCAGUGUACCAACUACCAAAGCCCGGUAUGGGUGCAGACGCCCAGCACCAAGGUGGUGUCGCCGGGGCCCGAGAACAAGUAUGACCCGGAGAAGGACAAGACCAACUUCACCGUCUACAUCACCUGCGGGGUGAUCGCCUUCGUCAUCGUAGCAGGCGUCUUCGCCAAGGUCUCCUAUGACAAGGCCCACCGCCCCCCGCGAGAGAUGAACAUCCACAGGGCUCUGGCUGACAUACUAAGACAACAGGGACCAAUCCCCAUAGCACACUGUGAAAGAGAAACCAUCUCGGCCAUCGAUACCUCUCCCAAAGAGAACACACCGGUCCGAUCAACCUCGAAAAACCACUACACCCCUGUGCGCACGGCUAAGCAGACUCCAGGGCAUUAUGGGAAGGAUGCUUACCGAAGUGGAGGACCAGAUCUCCAUAACUUCAUCUCAUCUGGAUUUGUCACAUUAGGAAGAGGACACACGAAGGGUGAUCGCCAGUAUAACCAUCCGAUCUUAAGCAGUGCUACCCAGACCCCUACGCACGAGAAGCCCCGGAUGAACAACAUCCUGACGUCGGCCACCGAACCCUACGAUCUGUCCUUCUCACGUUCUUUCCAGAACUUAGCCCACUUGCCUCCAUCAUAUGAAUCUGCUGUGAAGACCAAUCCGAGCAAGUACUCAUCUCUGAAGAGGCUAACUGACAAGGAAGCUGAUGAGUAUUACAUGAGGCGGAGGCACCUUCCAGACCUCGCAGCCCGUGGCACCCUCCCCCUCAACGUCAUCCAGAUGUCUCAACAGAAGCCGCUGCCUCGAGAACGGCCACGCAGGCCCAUCAGGGCCAUGUCCCAGGACAGGGUCCUGUCCCCACAGCGGGGCUUGCCUGAUGAAUUUGGCAUGCCCUAUGACCGAAUCUUGUCUGAUGAACAGCUGCUCUCCACAGAGCGCCUGCACUCCCAGGACCCGUUGCUGUCUCCAGAGCGGACGGCCUUCCCAGAGCAAUCGCUGUCGCGGGCCAUCUCGCACACGGACGUCUUUGUGUCCACGCCAGUGCUGGACCGCUACCGUAUGACCAAGAUGCACUCCCAUCCCAGUGCCUCCAAUAACUCCUAUGCCACCCUGGGCCAGAGCCAGACGGCAGCCAAGCGCCAUGCCUUUGCUUCCCGCAGACACAACACGGUGGAGCAACUGCACUAUAUCCCGGGCCAUCACACCUGCUACACAGCCAGCAAGACCGAAGUGACCGUGUGACCGGCAGCGUGGCCGGGCUGCUUGGCAGAGCGAGGGCAGGACAGAGCAGAGCAGGGCAGGGAUGAGGAGCACAGAGUCCAGCCUUGCUCUCCUCUCCUCCCCUCCCCGGUUCCCCCUAUUGGAACUGGAGGUGGGCUGCCUUUGUCCAGAAAGCCAUACCCCCCCAGGGACAUGGCGCCAAUGCCUGGUCCAACAAGCACAGACCCAGGCUAUAGAGCUCUUUCUCUCCCAGUAGAAUCCUCCCCGUUGCGAAUGAGAAGAGUGGUAAGGCCCCAGUCUUUCCUACCACCCGCGCCACUCCCUCAGUCCCCGCCCCCGCCCCGCCCCCAUCCCUUCCUGGAGACUCAAUCGCAGGUUCUUCCAGCCGGUGGACCCUCCCCGCGAAGGUAAAUCCGAAGCUGCCUGAGUUUGAACAGCCAGCCGGCCGGCCAGCGGGUGCAGUCAGUGGGCUGACCGAAUAGGCUACUCGGUCUCCUUCCUGUAUCUAGAACCGCAUCACAGAAAUCUCUUAGUGCCUAAAAACUGCCUGCUCGCUCUCAGCCAGAGAGCUGCUGUGUCCAUAAGCACAAUACGAUUCUCUUCUGCCUGCUGGAACUCUGGUCUCUACCGAGCGGCCCCUCCCUCGCUGAGCCCUGCAGCCCCCAAACAGGAAGGGUCCUCUUCCUUUAGCUGCUUGGUUGCCGCUGCCUCUGUACUGUGGGGGCUGUGCUCUCCCAGCCUUCACUGUUUCUCCUCAAACCUCCCUGGGGCUUUUUAGCUCUUGCCCCCCAGAGAGGAGUAGCGAUGGGUUGCCAGGACUUUAGAAGUGCCUUGGCAGCCAUUUGAUCGUCUCCCCACUCCCUCCAGGCCACUGGGUCUGAACUAGGACCUCCUCUCAGGCCUGCCUUCUUCACCCGCGCUCUGCUCCCAGGAGGCAUCUGCAGCAGGCAGAGAGCUAGGGUGGGGAGGGCCACUGUGAUGCCCAAGAUCUCAGGGGCUCACCAUUCCCAUUUUCUAGGGCUCUGUCUGUCCCCCACCCAUGAGCCUCAGGCAGGAUGGAAAAAGUUUCCAGACAGAAGCAGCUUAGCCGGUGAACAGGCAGGAGCUCUCUGACGUGGUCAUGCCGGAUCCUGUGCACGCCUUUCCACCAGCCCCCCCCCCGCACCGCGCCCCCUCCGCAACCUUUUUCUGUUUAGAACUCAUUCUCUCUUCCUGUGUUCCCUCUCCCACCUACCUCCCCACCUCACCCCCUGCAGCUCCGUUACUUUCCUCAAACCAGUGGAUCCAAGGAAUCAAGACCAAUUGACAGAUGCAAAUAAAUAUAAUGGUGUCCCAGGAUGUUGUUCUGGGGCCACAUCAACCCCUCCUCCUUGCAGGGGUACUUGGGCACAUGGUAGGGGCUCCUGGCAGCUCCACUGCCCGCCCACCUCAGCCCCCUCUUUGCCUCCAGUCUGAAGGUGGACAAUGUGUGACCAACUACUGGGAAACUAUAAAUGAGAGCAAUCCCGCUCCUCCAUGAUUAGGAGGAGUUCGUCCCACCCCCAAGGGUCAGGGCCCCUUUCUGGUCUGGGACUGGGAAGAAUCAGCCCAAGACUGCUGGUGGAGUGACCUAAGAAGCAGAACCAUCGCUUACCAGACUCCAACAGCAACGUCCAAAAGUCAGAUUUUAUGUCCCCUCAGUUCUGCAUGGAUAUUGCCCUUAAAAAGCAAGGUGGUAAGAAAUUUGUAUUUGUCCUGGUCAUUUUUAAUCUAGCCAAGUCUACUUCUUCUUCAUGAAGAAGUCCGUGGGCUGCUUCCCCUUACUGCUUUGAAGAGCUGUAAGUUUUCCUACACCCUUCCCCAUAAUGUCCCCUCUGUGAGAGCAGGAGUGUUCUUCAGAACCCGGAAGGAUGGAAGCUGGAGUUUCCAAAGACAGGCCUUAGCUUCCCCACUGCCUGGGUAUCUCUGGGACCAUGGGGCCAGGAGUUCCCUGGUCCCUGCUCUUUCCUCCCUACAAACACAUAAACCUUCCUAAGGGCUGGUUCCCAUGGGUCUAUGAGCUUUGGUUGCAGAAGGUAAGGCUCACGGGAAGAGAAGAACUCACUCCAAUAGAGAGUAGCUCGCUUCCAGAAGCAAAGGCAUGUCCUACAACUGGCACCCAGCCCAGUCCCCUGUAACUCUCUGACCCUUAGCUAGCCCCUUUAAAGGCUGUGUGCUGGUGGAGAGCCGAAAGGUUGAGAUUGUGGUAGGCGAGAAUCCCCUCCCAGGUGUCUGGACAUCCCCUGGAGAAUCUUCCAGAUGGCUAUUUAAUUCUCUACACCUUGGGGAACAAAAUCUUACCCCAGGCUCUUUCCCCACCUUGGCGCUGGCAAAAGCGUCUGUCUGUCUAUCUUCCUCUCUGUCUGUCUGUCUGUCUCAGGGGUUGUUUUUUCAAACUUAUUAGUUGAUUUCAAAUGAUUUCUCAUCCCUGCCUUACCAUCUUCUGGUAUAAAAUAACUGACAUCGGUUACGUCAGAACGCUUGCUUCUCCCGAAGGCUUUAUCUUCGGCUUCAUGCUCGGAAGGAGAGGCAUAGUAACAGAGACAGAAGUCUACAGACUAGUCUGAUCCAGUUCCCUACUCCAAACUCCGGAAAACUGUGUCUUAACUACGACAUGGAAAUACACAACCCCUCCUCCAGUUUUGCAUGACUCGUUUAAAUUACCUAUAGUCAACCAUGAUCCAGAAAUAGUAACAUUUGUCAUAACCCUUUUGAGAGCGUCCACAAUCGCAUAGCUUUUAUUACGGUAUAUUCUUAUAACUUGUCCUAUUUUAUUGUCAAUCUCUUGCUGUGCCUAAUUUACAAAUCAAACUUUAUUGUAUGUGUAUGUAUAUGAAGAAAACAUAAAACACAUAGAGAGUCUCGUACUAUGUGUGGUUUCAGGCACUCAUCGGGAUUGGUGGAGCUUAUCCCUCGGUGAUAAGGGAAAACCACUAGAUCCCGUCAACUCACCCAUCACUCCAGAAACAGCGAGCUAUUUGGCUAUAUGAACUCACUUGAGAGUGUCUGGGGCUGGAACCCAGAUGUCACUGUUUCUAGCCCAAGCAGGCUGGUGUUCUCUGUCACACGUAGAAGGGUCAUGGCUCCCUCAUGAUAAACACUCAUAUUCCAAGCAAAGGAAACUUAAGAUUUCCCUCUGUCUGUUUUGUUCCUUUGUGCAUGUCUCUACUGCCCUAGACUGGGUGUGUCCAGGUCUUAUUUGCCCCAAGUGUUCUUCCUGAAGGUUUCUCACCACCCCUGUCCUUCCAGUGUUCCUUUCCCACUUCCUCCAGUGAACUCAUGACUCCACCUAUUCGUGAGCCACAAAAUUCCUUAACCUCCUAACUGGACUUUGAUCUUCAGAAUUCCCCCAGUUUCUUAGGCAAUGUGUUUCCCUUAAGAAGCUCCAGUCCUUUUCCCAGCUAAAAUCUCUCCCUUUCUUUCCUCUCUCACUCCUAGCCUUCAAAGCCAGUUUCCUCUGGCCUUCCCGCCAUUUCCCUCUCCACUCAUCAACCUUCCUCCAGUCCUAGUUUCGUUCGCCUGGACCUGCUGAAAUCUCUAGUUUUGACAAUUGGAGCUCUUGAUGUAAACUGUGGAGGAUUCUUGACAUUCUUUGAGUCCUUCGUUUGCCUCGUUGGCUUGUUACACUUCCUCACAUGGAAAAUGAUGCCCCAAGGGGUGAAGCCCUGGGGCUCCCCCAUCCCUCUGAUCUCCGAAAGGGAAGGGAGAGAGCUGCCUGAUCAGAGGUACCAUGGCCAAAAGAUCAGCUUUGAUUCCUGCAGCUACCAGAUUCAAGAAGCUCUUGACUCAGACUGCUGCUUGUCCAGAGUCUUCUGCGCUGGCCAAAGAUCCAUCCCCUUUGAUGCCUGUAGCUCUUGUUCUGUUCCAACACCUUCUUCUAGUGAACAUCACAGCUUUCCCUUCAUCCAAAGACAUGACUCGUAAGUCUUCAAGGAUGGAGGAGCAGUCAUCCCAACAUCGCUGCCACCAAACUCAAUCCAUUGCCUUGGGAGAGCUCUUAGCUGUCAUCUUCUUCAGCUCUCAUUCCUUCCACAGAUGUCUGUGGACUGGACCCAGUAUCAUAGUUUGGAAGGGCUGCCCAUCAUUUGGGCCCUAGAAGGCGCUUGCUCUGAGAGGAGCCAGCACUUUAGCUCCCACACACAUUCCCUUGCCAUCCUCUCUGAAUCUGAGGAACUGUGAAAUGUUUCCAGGAGGCUUGCUGUGCUUUAACGAAGUAUUUUCAGGACGUAGGAGUUAUUUUUAUAAGUGAUGCAUUUUGAUGCUAGGUUUAACAUGAAAGACAAAAUCUUUCUGACCCCUCUCUUUGAUUUUGGAAAGUGGCAUAUCAGAGAGAGAGGAGGCGGGGGGGAAUCAAGGCUCCAGAAACAUGGCUUCUAGGUCUGGCUUUUGUCUACAUCUUGCCAUGUGACUAAUGGGCAAGUCACAUUCCAGUUCAGUGCCUCAGUUUCCCCACCAAUAAAAUGAGGGGUUUUGACUAGAUGAGUCCCCAAAGUUUCAUUCAGCUUUAGGGUUUUCAUUCUCUUUCUUCAUUUCUACAUUCCUUUCCCUUUUCUACAUUCAUCCCCACUUGAACUGAGCUGCACCCAUCACGCUCUGCCUGCCCUGUGGCAGCAUCCUCAGAAGCCCUAGACAGUCACCAGACUCCUCGCCAGAUGCUGGGUGGAAGGAACCAAUGGACUCAGUCACACAUGGAUACUCUUGUUUCUGAAAGUUAAGGCCUGACCACUCAACAGGUCGCCAACCGUGUGUCUCAGAAGCCUCUCAUAUAAACAUACCUAAACCACCUGAGUGUCUGUUGCUGCGACAUUCUGAGUUCGGAGUUUUCAUUUCUGAUGUCCUUAUAGCUGGAGGGAGGGAACUCUACUUUCAGAGAGGGGACAAGCUGAAAGAAAAGGGUCUAGAUGUCUGAUCGUGACAUUUGGGCACAGAGUUUGUAUUUAAGAUCAGAUGAGAUAUUUGUUCCAUGUCUCAAAGGAGCACGCUUGGCAGAGGCUCUGUGUGACAAGGGGUGCCAUUAUACCCCAUGCCACAGCGUGCAUCCUGAAGACCACGUCAGGAUGCUGAAACUCCAUCCCAACAGCAAAGGACGAGGCAUCACCACCUGGGUUGCUGGGAGACGGGUUCUCACCCCAUCCCAGUAUCUUUGUGGCCCCUCUUUGUGAUACUAUCCUCCUCCCCAUGAAGGCUUGUGAAGCACCAAUGGAAAUUCCAAGUCCCCAUCGUCUAACCCGUCUUGUAAAUCGCAAACACAUUAAUUAACCUUCCAUCAUUCAGAAAAAUAAUGCUGUGUGUUUGCUUGACAGCCUCCCUUGUGUGGGAGGAGAAGACCCUGCUCAGCUUUGCUGCCAGCCCUCCAACGACCCUCAAAUGCCACUCCAUCAAGAGGACCCAUUCAUUUGCUUCGUAGUGGCCAAAGACAUCUCUAGUCCUGUAAACUCAACUAGAUGUUUUGUAGUAAAGAAUUCUUGAAAUUCUCUAAUAAAAGGCAAUUCUUACUGUAACAUUUUUAGUUGGGGAACACAAUUUCCUAAGGGGGGGUUAAGGAACAUUUUUACUCGUUAGCUGGAUUUAUGGAUUCUAUGUUUAUUAUAUGGAAGCAUUAUGAAAAGUACCUUUCUAUCCGUACCUCUGCAGUUUCUCCAUCACUCACAUGAACCCUUCCCAAUGAGCAGUGCCCCCAGUUACUGCUUCUGUACAAAUCUCAUCAUUCUCCUUCGCUGUCAAAGCACACCCUACAUGUACUGUACACAGAGAUUGCUUUAGUGAGAUUUAGUCUUAAGGAUUUUUUUCCACUUUUGUCAGUAACAGAUAUUUAUGGAUUAAAAGAAUAAAGCUGUUUCAACAUAA